AUGCCUCGAAGAAAUCAACCUAUAUCAAUAAAAAAUCAACAAGCGUCACCACACUCUGGUUCUAACCGACGAGAAGUUCAAAAGCGAUCAUCUGUAUUCAAAAUAUUUUAUAAAUCGGGUCUAGACGGAGGGAUCUCGUUUAUUUAUGAUUGGAGAAAACGAAAUUCAACGCUUUCUUAUAGUGAAACUAUUACAGUAGCCGCAACUGGAAUACUGACAGAAGGCCGUGAAUUAGGUGAAGAUAAUGAUGCAGACUGCAUCGCCAAUUAUUUACGACAAGUAGCAGAUAAGAACGACAAGGAGAUCCUGAAAUGUUGUAUUUAUGUCUAUACAAUGAAUACUUUCUUAUAUAAAUUGCUGAAUUUUGUGCUAAAUGACAAUAUCAAAAGUAAAAUUGAUACAAUGGCACCGUUUUGCUACCUUUUAUCAGAAGCUAUUUGGAAUGAUACACUUGCUGAUGAGCAUUUUUACGGGACAGUUUAUCGUGGAGUAACAUUAGAUGAACAAACAAUUCAAUAUUAUAAAAAUGCGAUAGGUACCUUUAAAUACGAGUACGCAUUUACUUCUACAAGUAAAGAUCGAGAAGUGGCGGAGGUUUUCGGAAACUCUCUCUUGAUUAUCGACGUAAGUGCUGUUGGUGGAUUAACAGUAUCAUCAUAUUCUGAAUAUCCUGAUGAAAAUGAAGUAUUGUUGCCUCCUGGCAUCGCCCUCAGAAUUGAUGAUGUUGAACAGAAAAGUGGCAGGGUAUACAUUUCCUUAUUCGUGGUGCCAGAAUUUCGUCUAAUUCUACUUGGGAAAACAGGAACAGGUAAAAGUGCAUUCGGAAACACAAUACUAGGAAGAGAUGAGUUUCUAGCACGUCAAUCUGGGAAAUCUAUUACUACUAAAUGUAAAGUCGCCGAUCGAAUUUUGAAUAACACAAGAUUGUUAGUUGUUGAUGCACCAGGAUUUUUGGACACCGAACUAGAACCUGCAGAACUGAUACCCGAAAUUAGCAGCUCCUAUCAAGUGGCAGCGCCAGGUCCACAUGUUUUCCUUGUUGUUUUUUCCGUGGACCGUUUCACAGUUUCAGAGAAGGCUACUGUAAAAUGGAUAUGUGAAGUUUUUGAUGAACGGGCGCUUGAUUAUUGUAUUAUUGUGUUCACAGGAUUAGACAAAAUCCAAAAAAACAAAACGAUCGAAGAAUUUCUUGAGGAUGUACCGAAAUUCGUAACAGAGUUUAUAGAAAAAUGUAAAAAUAGAUAUAUAGCAAUCGAUAACACAAAAUCUUUUGAUGCAAAUGCAGAAAAAGUAACGAAUUUAUUAGAAAAGAUAUCACAGAUGGUAAAAAUGAAUGGUGGACAAUUUUACAACAACAAACGAUUUAUUGAAAUAUCUAAAGUUUUAAAUAAGUAUCCAGACUGGCUUGCUCCAGGAAAAUCAAAUGGAACUGUACAGCUGACAGACCAAAUCGCAAGUAUUGUUGAAAAUGAACUUAAUAUUAAUACCCUAUCCAAUUAUCGAUAA